UUCAAAUCGUUCGGUAGUCUUCUACUAGGUCCGCAAACAUAGUAUAGAACCAUCCGGACAACCGCAACAGCGCACACUUCGUAUAGUAUCUUACCACUGCCAGUAUCUGUGAAAAUGUCUGGAAGAGGCAAAGGAGGAAAAGGUCUUGGAAAGGGAGGCGCUAAGCGCCAUCGCAAGGUUCUCCGUGAUAACAUCCAGGGAAUCACCAAGCCCGCUAUCCGCCGCCUGGCUCGCCGUGGUGGUGUGAAGCGAAUCUCUGGUCUGAUCUACGAGGAGACUCGUGGUGUGCUGAAGGUUUUCCUGGAGAACGUGAUCCGUGAUGCCGUCACCUACACCGAGCACGCCAAGAGAAAGACCGUCACUGCCAUGGAUGUGGUCUACGCUCUGAAACGCCAGGGCCGUACUCUGUACGGUUUCGGCGGUUGAAGUUCUUAAAUUGUAUUACAAAACAAGGCUCUUUUCAGAGCCACCCAUGUU